AGAUCGACGCUUACGUGGAAGGAAGCGGAUUUCCGGGUCGGAAGCGUCCACGGUUGUUUUGAAAGUACGAUGGCGGAGGAUCCUGCGCUGUCAGUCCGCGUCUCGGACAUCAAGAACCCGGCGGUUCUCUUCGAGCGCUACAACACCGAGGAGAUCCGCCAGGUCGAGCGCAAGGUUCGCCGGGAGAUCGAGCAAAAGAAGGAGGAGCUGAGGCAGAUGGUGGGGGAGCGGUACCGCGACCUCAUCGACGCCGCGGACACCAUCGGCGAGAUGAGGCAGUGCUCGGCAUGCGUCGUCCAGUCCGUGGACGACAUGCACCGCUACUGUCAGCGGCUGAAGAGAGGCCGAAGCGCCGCCAGCGACCCGGAGAGCCACAGGACGCGGCAGGAGCAGUUGUACACCAUGGCGUCCCAGAUAAAGCUCCUGCUGGAGAUCCCAGAGCGCAUCUGGAGCGCCCUGGAGGCCUCCCAGUACCUCCUGGCCACCCAGCUCUACCUGCUGUGCUGCCACCUGCAGACCUUGCUUCAGCUGCGAACUGCUGCAGGAGGCCAGUACAGCCCGGUCCUGGCCCGCUUCCCCAUCCUGGUCCGGCAGGUUGCCACCACGGGCCAUUUCAGGUCCACUAUUCUGCUGGAAAGCAAGGCCCUCCUGCGAGGCCGCGUGGUGUCGGACCAAGCCAUCGCCGAGGCCCUUGUCGCCACCAUGUUGCUGGAGGACAGCUCACCUCGCCAGGCCCUGGCUGACUUCUUGUUGGCUCGCAAAUCCUCCGUCCAUCAACUGCUCAACCAGCCACAACAUGGAUCAGGCAUCAAGUCCCAGGUGUGCAGCCUGGUGGAGCUGCUGGUCACCACUUUGUUCCAGGCCUACGCUGUCUUCUACCUGCCGACGGAGGGAGGACAGAAGCCGGCGGAGGGAGGCCUCAGCUGUGGUUUGCUGUUCUCUACCCUGGAGAACGUGACGUCCACUACACCUGCAGCCAAACACAUGGUGCUGCAGGAGGAGUCCAGUACCAGCCGCUGGUUCAAAUACUUGCCUCCUGGCAUCACUGGGUUCCAGCCUGCGCUGCGCACGCUGGCCCAGCCCAUCCAGAGGGAGCAUCUGCACGACACGCUGCAGCAGUGGAUCGACACCUGUAAGGAGGACAUCUGCAAAGGUGUCGGCAGCCUCCUGGUCUACAUCAAGAGCCUGAAGGGGCUGGCGGCCAUCAGAGACGCCGUGUGGGACCUGCUGUCCACUGAAUCCAUCAGUCUUCACUGGAGCACUGUGUGCCAGCGGCUGCUGGAGCGUCCUCUGGCUGUGUGGGACGACUUCCUGCAGCCGCUCUUUCUCCAGCACGUCAAGACCAUCACCCGAGGAGAAACGGAAGCCAUCUCUGCAAGCUCGGUCCAGCUGCUCACCUCCGCCAUGAAGGAUCUGGAGGGCAGGACGAGCACGUCGGGCACCAGCCCUGGUUGUGGCCACGGGGUCAAGCAUGAAGUAGACAUCGCCUCGUUCCUGUGGUCAGAGUCUCCGGGGGACCUGUUGAGUGACGCAGGUUGGGUCAGUGUGGCCCAGCGCAAACACCAGCAGCAGAGGAGCGGCCUAACUCUGAAGACCCAGGCUCUCACACCUUAUGUUCAAAACGUUUGCUUUUCCAUGGAUGCAAAGCUGAAAGCCAGGCUGGACGACCUCCAGCACUAUGUCCUCUUGCAGGACACAGGUCCUGGUUCCACGGCGUCGUCCUCUGGACCUGCUGAGAGCUCGUCAGCGUCCUCCUUCAACCGCUUCAUGGACGCUCCUGCGGUGGAGGAGGCCCUGCGUGACGGCUGCUUGGCCUGUGUGCGCCACAUCCUGUCCUCCAUUCGCUCGGAACUGUUCGCGGCCACACCGAACCUAACCCCCCCCCGCAUCAGCUCCGUGCUGUUCAUGGCAAGGAUCUGCCAGUCCAUCGGAGAACUCUGCCCCAACCUGAAGCACUGCAUCCUGGGAAAACAGAACAGCUCUGAGGCCCUGGCGAAAGGGACCCCCAGGCAAAGCAAGAAGGGGGGAAAGGCCAGGGCCGCGGUGGACGUCAGCGCCGCGCAGGCCGCGUGGGCGAGUCUGAGCGAGGAGCUUCUCCAAUGCAGCAUGGAGGCGUACCACGUCUGGAGCUCCUCUGUCUGCAAAACGCUGCUGGACGCCUUUGGCACGGCGCUGCGUGCCGACCGCGGCGGUGCCAUUCUGGCAACGACUACACACUGGGGGGACCUCGAAAUCCAAGAAGAGGCCGAGUCGGGAAGCAGUGUCACGUCCAAAGUCCGCCUUCCCGUCCAGCCGUCGUGGUUUGUGCAGUCGCUGUUAUUCAGGCUGUGUGUGGAGGUGAACAAGGUGGGAGGUCACGCGCUGCCUCGGCCCACUUUACAGGAGCUGCUGCAGGCCUGUCUGGCGCAGGUCCUGCAGCACUACCACAGCCUCUCACAGCAGCCGAGCGGGUUCCCCAUGACCCAGAACCGAGCCCUGCAGUGGCUGUUUGACCUCCGCUACCUCAGCCUCACCCUGGGCAGCAGGAUGGAGGAGGGCAGGAGCUCCCGAGCCCACCACGACCAGAGAUUUUACGAGGUCUGUGACUGGCUGGAAGGUUUCAUUGACCCGUUUGAUCUGGAUGUUUUCACGCCUAUACUCAAUGCCAAUGUCAGCUGUCUGUCCCAGAAGACCUCGGUCCUUCUGGGCUUAUUAAUGCCGUCAGAGAAGCAGUUCUCCUCACGGAGCAGUGGAGUCAACUGCCACGAGCCUCACAACAUCCUGCCCUUGGCCAGCAGCCAGACGAGGUUUGGGCUGCUGCCGCUCAGCAUGUCAUCGACACAGAAAUCCAGGUCAGCCUCCAGGGGCUGCGAUGCCCCACGGCAGCUGGCUUCUUCAUCCACAGCAGUUGGAGAUGACAGCUUUCAGCCAGGCAGCCUGUUCAGGCAACUGGCUGAUCAGGAUGAGGACGUGGCAGCUCCUUCUUUGUUUAAGCUCAGCUGGCUGUCUAGCAUGACCAAAUAACGAGACGGAAACCUGUCAGUAGUGCUUUCGCUUGGACUCAUAUUUGUUUUUGUUGGACAGUUUAAUUAAGAGGUGAUGGGGAAAACUGAGCUCCACGCUCCAGAGGAGCCACCAGUCACUUGGGAGGAUGCAGUGUGUUCGUUCUGAGGGUCACGACACUAAUUCUGAUCACAUCUGUCCCGUUGUUGAGUGGACAGAUCCAUGCUUGUUACAGAUGAGACUAAUUAAAAGGCUCAUGUCUCUGUA